GCUCUGUAACUUCCUGCUUGCUUGUUUUCGACUUCGCAGAUGCGACUACGUUAAUUACGGUCUAGUGUCUUGAUAUAGUGUGUCGGUUGUGUUAUAAUCGUGUCGUCGAGGAGGUAAUAAUGUCAGGGGGAACUCGACUAGAAAACGCCAAUCCUCUGAUAUUUCAGCGAUCAGGGGAAAGAGUCCUGACUUCAACUGAUGAAGAUGAGGAUGUAGCGGAUCCCAUCGAUGACAGGGAGAUCUUCGAUCUGAUCAGAUCGAUCAAUGACCCUGAGCACCCGCUUUCCCUCGAAGAGCUCAAUGUCGUGGAACAAGUGCGCGUCAAUGUGAAUGAUGAGGAGAGCACCGUGUCCGUGGAGUUCACUCCGACCAUCCCACACUGCAGUAUGGCCACACUCAUUGGCCUGUCCAUCAAAGUAAAGCUCCUGCGCUCCCUUCCUGACAGAUUCAAGAUUGAUGUUCACAUCACGCCUGGCACACAUGCCUCUGAGGAUGCAGUCAAUAAGCAGCUUGCAGACAAAGAGAGAGUGGCAGCAGCUCUGGAAAACUCUCAGCUGCUGGAGGUGGUCAACCAGUGUCUGUCCACCAGAACCAUGUGAUCCCAAAAUCCUGCGUAGUCCUCACACGGAUCAGGAUGAACUCCUACAGGCAAGCCAGUAGGUAACACCGCUUCUGAUAUAUAUCUAGUA